AACACUGCAGGUGGUUGUGCUCUUUGACGUUUGAUGACGAGGAGGAGGGUGGAUUUACAUUUCUCACCUGUUCAAAUGGAUAUUUGCUAAUGAAGUUGCAGUAUAUCAUUUAUUUUAAGCACAAUGUCUUAUCGUGAUCUACGAAGUUUUACUGAGAUGAUGAGAGCACUCGGCUACAACCGUCUCAUUUCAAUGGAAAAUUUUCGCAACCCAAAUUUUCCAUUGGUUGCUGAAAUUUUAGUAUGGCUUGUUCAGAGGUUCGAUCCUGAUGCUGAUAUUCCCUCUGAAUUUGGUACCGAGACUGAUAGAGUUAUACUUAUUCGAUCAGUUGCUCAGUUCAUGGCGGUAAAGGCAAAUGUUAAAAUGAAUACGAAACGCCUGUACCAAGCUGAUGGAUAUGCAGUGCGUGAAAUGUUGAAGGCAACAUCAUUGCUGUAUUCUACAUUGUUAUCAAAUGCUUCUGAGCAACAAGAUAGUGAAGAACGAGCAAUGUCAGCCAAGGCAGCUGCCAAUAGUAUUGCCAGCAAGAUUCACGAAUUAAAACAAGUCCGCAAUCUUGUUUCCCAAAUAACUAGUAAAGGCGCAAAAUUGUAUGAUUUGCUUGGGAAAGAAGUGGAAUUGGGGGAGGUAAGAAACAGUAGUGUUGGUAGACAAAUAGAGAUUAAUCAAGUGGAAUCGGGUUUGCAUCAAGCUCUGCAAGCUGUGCGCAAUGAAAUAGGGGAAACAAAAUUGAAAAUGGAGAAUGUGUCUGCCACGGAAAGUAGCCUUGACAGCAAAAUUGAAAAGAGAAAAUUGGAACUUGAAAGGAAUCAGAAACGACUACAGACUUUGAAAAAAGUCAGACCAGCUUUCAUGGAGGAAUUUGAAAGGCUUGAAGCCGAGCUAAGACAAUUGUAUGAAUCAUAUGUUCUACGAUUCCGUUGCAUGACCUACUUAGAGCAGCAGUAUGAAGCUGCUGAGCAAGCUGAACAAGAAAGAAUCGAAGAACGCCAAGCUGCAACUAAGAAAUUGUUGGAACAACUGAAAAUGGAUGAUGAAUCUAUGAAGCUGAUUGAGGGUUCUGGAGAUCUAUUUUCAAACCAGAAAAUUGGUGCUGGUGAUGAUGGUAUUAUCACUCAAAAUGGUGAUGAUCUAUCCAAAUUUGCUGUGACAAAACGUCCUGCUCAAGCAGAUCGAGCAGGGGUUCGUGCUAGUGCCGCAAGGCCAGUGACAGGAAGAAGAAAUGGCACUCGUGUGUUUGGAAGUAUGACUGGAAAUAAAUUAGAUGGGGACAGCGGGAGUCUAGAUUCUGACAGCGAUCUUCUCUUGGAUGGCUCUGAGCUUCUAGGCAGCGAAGAUGAUGAUGAGAAUGACGAACUAGAAAUGGACCCAGCAGCUACAGUGGAUGGGGGCAUAAGAGCACGGACAGGUCAUGCUCGGAAACCACCUGAUCGCCAUUAUGACCACAGUGAUGACGACUUUUAAGAAGGUAACAUUGUUUCCAGUGGUAAAUCUAUUGAUUUUCUUUUUAGAAAAAAAAAUACUUAAGUCAAUCUGAAGUUUAUCUUUUUAUAAAUUUGUAAAUGUGCUCAUAAGGAUCAGUGCACUGGAAUGUCUGUGAUUGUUUUUAGGAGAAUCAAGAGUGAGAAUUCUGUGAUAGUUGUUAUUCUCACUCUUCAGGUCUCCUUAUUGGAUCAUAAUGUGUGCCUAUGGAAAAUGGUUUUAAGUGUACUAGUGUCUUAACAAUCUUGUUGUGUUGAUUAUUGAAUAUGUAUUGAUUUAGGGAGAAACCUCCUUCUUUUGUAUGAAAUAAGAUUUUAUUAUUACAAGUUUUAUCUUUACAAAAGUAUGUUACAUAUUGUACAUACAUCAGCUGUGUGCAUUCUGGAUAUAAACCAUCAUUUGUAGUAUCAACAGUUUCUGUAAACACCGUUAAUAAAAAGAAAAAUACAUUCA